AGAGAGACAGAAAAAAAGAGAAAGAAAGAAAGAGAGAGAUCCUGCGGAAUGUCAAAAUACAGCCAUACGACGGACUCGAUCAUGGUACAAUAAAACGCCGGGCGUCUUAUUGUUGUACACGUAUAUCGUGCACAGAAAAGUACGUCACUUUCCGUCAGGUGUAUAUACGGGUCUCCUCAUGUAUCACCUUUGUAUUAUCGAUCAUUCGUUAACCAGUGUAGUCCUCGUCGUUGCCAUGUUUCAUCGAACAAGUAGCAAGUCCUACCGUACCACGUGAUCGCAGUUUACAAACGACCGUUGUGACAAACUGCUGAGAACGCUGUGGUAUCGUAUACGUGAUGUAUGCUUGUUAAAAAUUGUGAAAUCAAUUUCGCAUUGUUCUUGCAUCUCACUACGGUUACUUAUGUACAUGCAUGAGGAAUGUGGAUAGAAGGUAUAAACAUUUUAUGGGAUGCUAUCUACAUGGUUGAAGAAUGAGGAUAUGAAGAGUAGUUGCCAGAAAGAAGAGGCUGAAAAUAAAAAAGGAUAUGUUUUCUUCUCAGAUCCAGAUGUUAUUGUUAAACGUGCAGAAACCGUUGCUAUUGAAGCACAGAUUAGGCGAGAUUUUGAAGCACAGCAACAAGUUUUUGAAAAACAAUCAAUUAACUUGCCAGCACCUUCAUCUGGCAUAAAGAAUUUAGAAAGUUUAUUAUCCUAUCAUCCUGUACAGCCAUAUCCUUUUACAUUUAUUAGUGCUGUCAAACAAAAACUUGCUUUAGGAACUCCAUCUAAUAACAGCACAGAAACAUAUUCAAACUUACAAGCAAAAAGCAACUUGAUAUCUCCUGUGUUGAAAACAAAUUGUAAACAGAAUCCAUAUCAAAUUGUACAAAAAAUGGAUUUUUUUAAACCACUAAAAGUACCAGAUUUAAAAAUUUCUCCAAAAACAUUGGACUUUUCUAGUAGAGAAAAUUCUAUCUCAAAAGAACUGCCUUCAACAAAGUCUGAGAUAGCUGUAAAAGAAUUAUCACAUGAAAGAUUAGACAAAGCAACAAAAGUUAAUGAAAGAGUACAGAGGAAAUUAGAUUUUUCUGCAUCAGAUGGUUCAUCUGCUAUUAAUUGCGAAAGCAUAGAACCACUGAAAGCACCGAAUGUAUCCAUAGCUUCUAAUUUGAGUAAAAAGAAGGAACAUACACACAUCAGGGAUAGUUCUAGAGAAAAGGAAAAUAGAUCUAAGAGAAUAAAAAAGGAUGAUUCCUUGUGUGCAAAAAAGGAUGAGUCUGCACAAGACCAAGUAAAGCGCAGUAGAAGUCCAAGACAUGUCUCCAGAAGAGACAUGGUUGAUAGUAUGAAUAGUAUCAUAACAACAAGAUUGAAGAAUGACCGAAUACCAUUUCAUACUACAAAAAAUAUUGACUCUUUGUCCACAAAAUCUAAGGUUAAAACUUUUGUAACAUCUACUGCUAAGAAAGAUAAUGAGAAGAGACAAAGGUCUUUCAAUGCACAAUCUGUAGAAUUAGCAAAAGACAUUCCUCUAGAAUCCAAGGGACGAACAUGCAGUAGCAAAGUACCAGAUUCUGUACUUUGGAAAGUACCAGAUAAAGUUACAACGAGAGAUAAUAGUAGCAUGAUGGUUUUAUCUAGUAAUACUGAAAAUAAACCUAAAGACAUUUGCCAUUUAAGGCAAGUAGAAGACUUAAAAUAUAAAUGUGAUUCAGAUAAUAGACUAUUAAAGCAAGAUAAACCAAAUACUAUACAUAAGGAGCAAACAAAGAGAAUAUCUGAAAAGGGUAGAACUUUAUCCAAUAAAAUUGAAGAGCAGACGCAUAGUGCUAUUUCUGAGCCAUCAGAAGAUAUUGAGUGUAUGUCUGAGACAAAUAGUUCCAAAAAUCGUAUAAAUGUUUAUCCUAUAAAUUCUGUACAGCAGUCAAAGAGUGGAGAUAGUGAAACAAUGAUAGAAAACAAGCAGAACAUUAAUUCUAUCAGAUCAGCUAAAAUUGCAGAGAAUUUUAAAUAUGCAGAACAUUCUGUAACACAGUCCACAAGUGCAACUGCUACAAAAGACGAAGAGUUGUAUUCUCAGAGUAUCACUACAACUGGACAAACAACUAUUAAUGAUGAUACAAAUGAUGUAGAUGUUACUAUACUGCCAGAGGAAUUAUUCGAUCCUAGAAGAAUUUCUUUCAGGGAUAACAGUUAUUCUCAACAAGAGGAAUUUCAUAACUUAACUACACCAGACAAACUGGAUUUUAUCCCUAGAUUUAAGCAAAGAAAAUACUUGAUACAGAGCAGUGAUUCAGAAGUAGAUGCGAGAUGUCCAAAGUAUAAAUCAACAACAAAAGCUGAAAAGGAGCAAGAAAAGACACAGUUAAGACAUCCAGAAGCUCUACGAAUGACACUUCAAGCAGAAUGUGAAUUUUUUGAGUCUCUUAAUGAAGCUUACAAAAAUACCAAGGAAGUUGAAAAGUGUUUUUAUCAUAAUAUGAAACGCGAACAAGAGCAAAAGAAUCCACAAGUAGAAAAUGAGAAAGAUGAAGAGAUACAAGUUGAAGAAAGUCGAGUGAUUGCUGCAGUCGAUAAUGAUUUUGCUGAAAAUGCUACAUGGAAACCACUGAAUUAUGCAAAAAAAGAUAUUGCAAAUACAAGAAAAUUAUAUGCAUGCGACGACAUGCACUUUAUUAGAGAGCAUUAUGCUUCAAAUCAAGCGAGCGUCGAUGAAACGAAUGAUAAUUUCAAAGCCAAAAUUAUCAAAGUAGCGGAAGUACAAACUCAGACGGUGAACGAUAUAGCAACACAGACGGAUACAUAUGUGGGAAAACGGAACGCGCAAAAUAAAUUAUCGGAUAUCCCUAUGUAUGAACGGUCAUCCUUAGGUGAGAACGAACGUCCUCAUCUGUCUUUAGAUUCGGCUGAUCAAUUCGAAGAUUUGGAUCAAGUAGAAGGGACAUCAGUGACCAAUAGAAUAACCAUGUCUGAGAUUAGUGUACACGAAACUACUUCGUCGAUAAAAACAGAAACUGGAAAUGAGAUUAGUAUUUCAACCCGAGAUUUAACGUGUUUAAUUAGGAAUAAAGAAUUUAAGAAAUAUUUACAAUUACAUUUAGCGCAGUUGAUAAAAGAUGAAAAACAAAGAUACGAUAGAUUAGAAAUGCUAUUUAAAGAUCAUGAGAAAAGUCUGAACGACAGAACUAGAAAAUUGGUGCAAUUAGAAGAGGAAAAACGCGCAUUGAGAGAUACAGGACAAGAUAGUCUCAUUAGUUCUGUGAAGAAGAAGCAGAGAGCCUUACUUUUGAAAUUGAAGGAAGAGAAAGAUGAAAUGAAUCGAUUAAAAGAAUUGCACGAAAUUGCGAGCCAAGAACGAAAACUUAUGUUACAAAAGCAAAGAGACAUGUUUAAUCCACAAUUGUCAACGAAAAAUAUUUUAACGAAAUUAAAGAGGAGCGCCGAUAGUCAAUCACCAAGAAGAUUAUCAGGUCCUAUGAAGGGUUACGAUAUACGCAGUAAUAGUUCUAUAAGUUCCUUGAUUGAUUCGGAUAAAUCCCAGCACGAUCGAUCUCAGGCAGAUGCACGUCUACAAGCAUCCGAAAGCGACAUACACUUAUCCAAGCCUGAUCUUGCCAAAUCCGACAAAUGUGAAAAUUUGGCUGAGGAAUCUAACACAUCGGCGACCAGGUUUGAUGAUUUAGUUGAAAGUAAUGAGUCACAUGAGGAGAGUUCUCUGAAGCCGCAGAAGAAAAACGACGUUUCUAAGUAUGAGUCAAAGUCUCGAAAAUAUGAAGAGAAAAUGCCUAAAGCGGAUAUUUUGCGGCAGAAGCAGAAUCAGCUUGAUCUCGAAUCAAAACGAAUUCAAAGUCAUUCUAUGAAUAUCAAACGGCUCUUGGAAAAUCAGAAAUCGUUUGAGAUGUCGUCGUCGUCGGUGUUGGGAUUGGACGCAUUAAUAACUGAUCAUGUAAAAUCCGAAUCUGAUACGUUAGUGGAAGAAUUAUCUAAGAAAUCGAAAACAUCGCAAAUAGUGGAUCCCUUUAUUCAGACGGCAACAGUUCCAAAGGAGAAAGAGCUAGCUGUCAAUAUUAUUGCUACCGAUAGUAAGUCUAUAGAGGAAGAAAUAGAUUCGGAAAUUCAGGAUAUUAUUUCGAAAGCAACAAAAUCUUCGCAAGUCUGUGAGGAUAUAUUGCAGACAAAUAACACAAAGAACUCGAAAAAGAUUGAUAAAUCAGUCACAAGUGAUAGGGAUCACAUUUCUAAAAAGUUACAACACAGCGUUGAAUUAAAAACAAGUUCCAAACGCAAAAGUUCCAAGCAUCAAAAAGCAAAAUCAUCUUCCAGCGCAUUAACGGAAAAUCUAUCGCGAUUUAAAUCUACCUCUCAUGCAUCAGAGAAGCCUGCCAAACAUUACGAUAAACGGACAAAAUUGGAUCUCAACGAAAGCCAAGAUUCGCUUGAGGCGCUAGUUAGGCAUUCCAAAGAAGUGAAAGAUAAAAAUUUGAAAUUAUUAAAUGAGACAAUUAAUGAUUACGAAAGUAAGGAGAACAUAUCCAGUCAAGCAUCAAACAGAAAAUUCGAAACCAAUGAACGUCCACUUCGGAAUGAACAAACUGUUCAAAAUAUAUCUACAUCUCAAAUUAGCGCUCUUCCAAUUUAUCCUCACAGCUCUGAGGAAAGCGAGAAAAAUAUGUCUGUGGUCCUUAGAUCGCAAGAUAGAAAUUUCAAGGCAAAAAAGUUCGGACAAAUCUUAACCGCACGUGAAACUGCACUUGCAUCGCGGAAGAACACUGUCGAGGACUGGAUGGCGUGGCACACAAGGUUAAGAGCAGAAGAGGAACGUGUGAAUCGCAUGGAACAAGCGGCACUGAAAAUUGUUGCGGCAACUUCUAAUGUCUUGUCUCAACAAGAUACUACUGUUUCAUCCGAUAUGAGCGACGUUGAGGGAAGAAUAGAAAUUCUCACUGAGAAAUUGGCUGAACGACGUAUGGAGAUGUCGCGUUUAAAAAAAGAAGCGAGAAAGCAGGCCAAGCAAAGGCUACGUGCUAUGGAAGCAAAUUUGCUGAAUCAAAUUAAGAGAUAUGAUACAACCAUCCACGAGAUGCGCAAGAAACUGGAAUCGAAGAAAGCUAUUAAAGACAGUGAUAAGUUAGCUAUAGAGCCAAAGUCGUUGGCUGACUUUAAAGUACCUGAGAUACCGCUCAAGAGAAUACAAGACAUCUACAAGAGCAGCGACCUGCUGAGGUCUAGAUCGGAGUCCGACCUUCUGACGACAAGGAAUCAGCAAAGGGAUUUGUUGAAGAUCGUGACUGCCGCAAUAUACGACGACAGACAUGAGAAGAACAGUUCUCAGCAAUCUGUGAGGUCUACGGAUAUCAGAAGCGCGAACGCCUCGGAAUUAAAGAGUACCACGAAUACUAAUCAUACCGCUCAGUCUAUGUUUGAAGAAUAUACAUUGACAGAAGUCAAUAGUAAACCUCAGACAGCUACUUCAGUGUCGUCGAAUGAUGCAGGUUCCGAAAGGUACAAUGUUCUUGCGUCAGACACAGUUGAGAAGCAGCUCGAAGAAUCUGUCACUAUCGAGACAAAACAAGACAGCAUAUCGCGCGAUGCGGAAGACAUUCAAACGAUUAUCAACACGGUGCGCUCGGAAUUGGAAGCGCAGACGAUAUCGGAUAUCAGAUCUUCCAAAAAUCGUAGUACCAUUAGCACCGAGUCAGAGAAUGACAAAGUAAUUAGUCACACCAGCAUCGAUUAUCCUCAGUCAAAGGCGCUCGCGACACAAUCUGAGAUUCUUGAAGAAAUAGAUAACGUUGACUAUUCAAAAUCUAUUCCGAGCAAAUCCGAUUAUGCAACAGAAAGGGUUGCUGCUUCCAAUCAGGAUGCACUCACUUUCUCAGAGAAAUUGGACUUCCUGCAGUUAAAUAAUAAGAAUUUAAACGAGAAUAUAAGCUCUCUUGAGAAUGGACUGAAAGUACUUUCAGAAAUUAUGUCGCGCUUUAGUAACAAAACAGACAAAGAAUCUAAAAUAGAUAACGACGAAAAAAGCACGUCUCAAGAUAUCUCGGAGAUAAUGUCCAAAUCAGUUUUUAGCGACAGAGUUAUUCCUGUUGAGAGGGAAGGACAAGAAGCGAUAUCUUCUGAGAGAGAAAUUAAUACCGAAUCUCCUUCCAAUUUGACAAGUGACAGAAGAUCCAAGUCUUCUAAUGAUUUAAGCCAUGAUAAAUAUACGUCGGAAAAAGCAGAUAACGACAUUUCAGCAAUAAUACCAGAAGUAACACCCGCUCUUUCCAAUUCAGCUUACGAGAUUGAUUAUGAAGCCAAGAGCAGAGAGAUCAUGAAUGAAAUUGAAAAAUCGAUAUUGUCGGAACACAACAAAGUGAUACGCGGCGAUUAUAAUGUCAGUUCGGUAUUGGAAAAUGAUAUGCAAAACUUGCGUAAAGACAACGAAGAAUUACUGAACGAUUUGAUUUCAUUGGAACUCGAUGUAAAAUCGAUUUCCCAGAUUCUCUCUAAGGUAUCAGAGAGUAGGAGAAGUCUUAAUCUCGCGACGAAUACUACAACGCAGAUAAUCGAUCACCCGAAAGAAAAUGCAAGUGCGCAAAGUGAUUUGAACAAGGCGAGUGUAGAAGAGAACUCCGUGAAGGAUCAAGUAAGUGCAACGCAUUCAUCGAAAUCCUUCGAACAAUUGAGUAUUGCAUCAGUGCAUUCUCCUAUCAUCGCGGGCCAUCGUUCGAAGGAAAGCAACGAGACAAACUUACAUAGUGCACUUACAAAUCAAACUUCGCGUAUCGCCAUCAGCGAAGACUACUCGAAGUCAUCAGAGAAGAUUCCUGAACUACCGGGAAUCGAAACGAGUAUAAUUGACGACAUGGGAAUAUCAAGUAACUUGCAGCGCGUUAAAGAUAUUCAAACGUCGAUGGUUGACAAUACUGUGAAUUCAACGACGACAGCUUCUAACGUCGAACGAGAUCGCUCGCGUACAAUUAGCACGAGUAAUGUUUCUCAGGAUAAAGACGACUGGACGACAUCUGAUUCAUUCGAGAUGCCUGAGAGCAAAAUCAGCACUGGAGUGGCGGAAGAAGAACAAGAAGACUCAGAAUCCGAGAGUUCGAGAUCACAUUUGGAUCAUAUGCAUGACACUUCGAAUAGUUCUCUGAAAGAAAGGAACAUAUCGCGCAUUGAAGCCGCGAUAAAUCAAAACGUCGAAGUGAGCUCGACAAGUUAUGUAGAUAUGUCGGCAUUUAUUCCAAAAGGAGAAUCUACCAAUAUAGAGGCAUCUGAUAUUACAUUUGCCAAUAUAAUAGCAGAACCUCAUGUGAUGAAAAGUAACGACGAACUUGAUGAUAUAUUGGAUAUAAUUGCUAGAGAAAACAAUCAGAAAGAAAGCAUCCCUGAUAAUGAGAACGAAAAGUUUAAUAACAUAAUCUGUAAUUCCGUAACUGACUUGUUAGAGAAAGUUGAGGAUAUUGGCGAUAAUAAUGAAGCAACCGUAAGUAGUCAUCUUAAAGGAAUUCCAUGCAACAAUGAAAUCGAUAUCCCUACAGAUGAACGAUCUGAAGCAGUUUCAAUAUUUAAUGACGAGAUGCAAAAUAGAGCAAACAUAGAAGAUAUAAGCGACAAUAAUAUAGAUUCCGCGAGUAAAUCUAACGAUGAUAAAUCAAUCAAUCGUCAAGAAACAAUAGAUUUCUCGCCGCGAGCGGUUAAUGAGACCGGCGAUAAAUCUUCCAUUAAUAUAAAUUUACACGUGGCAAUUGAUAAUGAAGAGAGUCUGCGUGAAGCGAUAUCAGAAGGUCAGGAAAUUAUAAUAACCGAACUGGAUUCAGAUAGCGUGGAUGAUCACGUUUUACCGGAACUCGAAAUCGAUGCUAAAAUCGAAUUGGCCGAAGAUGUUAGUGCAAACGAUGCAAAUGAAAAGCAAAGCAGAGGUAUCGCUCCAGUAGAGAUACAAGAAUGCUUGGAGCCAAUUUUGGAGCAGGAUAGUUCGGAUGGCGAGCAACUGGACAAUUUAGUGGAAGUCGCUGAAAGCGGAUUAGAUACUGUAGAGAAAGUCGUUAUACCACCACGAGCCUCUGUUGAAUCAGCUGCGGACGAUGAAGAGGUUUCUAUACAAGCUCAGGGAAAAACGACAGAUAACGUAAUCGAUGCGAAUACGUCUGUAAAGAAUAAAAGCGACAAUGCUUCGAUGUUGGACGAGCCAAUAGUCGAUAAUAUCAACAAAACUUUUGAUAUACUAAAAGAUCCAGACUACGAAGACAUCUCUGAGGAGAGUCUCGAGGUGUCUGAGAUUUUAGAUAAGAAUGAAUUAUCAAAAACAAAUAUCAUGAAAAAAUCUACCAACUUACCAGAGAAAUAUCAGGCUACGCAAAGGUCGGACGAGGUGCUGAGAAUAUUGGACGAAAUCUCGCAGAAAUCGUCGCCCGAUUUCAUAAACAAUUCGUCGAAAGACGAGAAGGACACGCAAAGCACGACGGAAGAGAUCAGCGAAGUCUUGGGUGCGGAAGUGUCCACAGAGGACAAUGUUUUGUCUCUUGAGCCGACUAAGGCGAAGGAUAAAAUCGAAGAAGAAUUUUAUGAGAAUGAAUCGAAGGGUCGAUUCAUGGAAGAGGCAGUAUCGCGGAAAAAACAACCACCACAGGCGACGAACGAGAUAGACUUAGCUGAAGAGAAGAGCAUCGGAGUUUACUCGAAAUUGAACGAGGGUUUGCAGGAGGACAAAUCCCAAAUAAUAUAUGAACUACAUGAGAGAGUCUCGCAGCUGCAAGAGCAGGAUGGCUCGUCUGAAUCUAGCGAAGCCGGCGAUACUCCGAAAGGUGUGUCCGAAAUCGAGAUGGACUCACCAAGGGACUUCAACGAUUCUAGAUUGGACAUCGAUAUUCUAGACGAUGAUCUGUUAAGCGGCACUAAGGCGGUGAAUCAGAAUGUCGACAUGAAGAGCAAUUUCCAUUCUGCGUCUAUCGUUACUACGUCCGAGAAGGACAUCGAGGCCAUGAUCUAUAAGUUAAAAGCUUCACUGGAGCAACCCGGUUUGGAGGUGGCAGAGUUGGAAGCCAAGUUGCUCCAUAUCGAACAGCUGGAAAUCGAAUUGGAGAUCAAGAAACUGGAAGCGGAGGAGGUGUCUUACUAUGUUCGAGAAAUACCGAAUAAACCUCCACCACCAUACACCCCGCCCGAAGACGGCAGGUUAUCGAGCUCGCUCGGCUCACCCUCGCUGUUGACCGCAGUGAUCCCAUCGAACGUCGAAGAGCUGACAUCGUUCACCGAGAAAGCCACGGCUCUGAUAUACAACGCCAAAAUAGCCGGCGAGGACGUCGCAAGUCUCGAAGCGCCUCCUGAAAUUUACGAACUGAGCAAGGAGAAGAACGAGAUCGUGAGGAAGGACAGACGGAUCUACAAUAGCUUUCUCUUUGAUCUGUGCAAAGAGACCGUUGCGGAGGUUUAUCGUGCGGAAUAUGAGAAGCCUGGUCCCAGCUGGACAAAGCCAAACGUGAAGACGAAACCGACCGUGAAGAUUCCGAAAACUGUCGAGGAGCUCACCGAAUACGUCGGCAAGGAAGUCGCGACGCUCUUCGGUUUUAAGACAAAGCUGCAGCGAGAGAACAUGGUGAUGCGUUGGAGCAGGAAACGCAGGGACAGGGUGGACGAGUUGUUGGCGAGAGAGGCCCAGGCCGAAGAGGAUGAGUGGACCAAGUUUCAUCACGACGAGCUGGCAGUGAAGAACGGACUCGCGGUAACUAUACUGGACACCCUCGUAAUGGAAACCGCGAAUAUAGUGAAGUUAGCGUAUGGUAAGAAGAGGAGACUGAUGGUCUCAAUUAUGGAUGGAUAACAAUUAUGGCUCGACGAUUAAACAUCCGAAGAACGCUUAUUGGCGCCCAUUAUACUCCAAUAAUGAACGUUUUCUCAGGAUUGCAGGAUCCGUGCGAAUCUCGCGUUAAUCAGAUGUCACGUCGUCUGCCAUACGAUUCAUCAUGUGUUUCAUCAGUUCUAGUACCUUAUGUAUGUAACGUAUAGUUGGUUCCUAUUUAUUUGUUGAUGCGAUUUGUUGCCUUUUUUCUUCUCAUCUUUUUUUUCAAUCGAGCUGACAUGUAUGCGAAUACCUGAGUGAUACACAAAACAGGGGACAAACGUCGUUGGACGUGGGCAAGAUAAAAUAGACGGGAAAUGAGCUAGAGCAAGCAAAUGUAAGAACACUUGACCGACGCGAGCGACCGCAAUUUGAUAAUCAAAUGUCUUAGUUCAGUUUUAAAUUUUAUCUCUCGUUACGAACGAGACUUUAGGCGAGUCUCUUAGCGUUAGCAAAUAAUGUAAUCAUAUAUAUACAUAUAUAUAGAUAUAUAUAUAUAUAUGUGCAUAUAAGAAGUAUCAUAAGACGCAUAAGGUUAACGCAUAAGGAAUAUCAGAUAAUUCGUUUCAGAACGAAAAUGAGCCAAACGUUGAUCAUCGAAUAACAAUAACACAAUAACGAAAAAUUAUAACACAAAGUGUUUCGUUCAAUUAGUUUUGCGCGAAGAGUUAGACUAGAUUAAUUAUGAUUAUUUAAUGUAUAUUAUUUCUCGUUAUAGAAACCGUACAAGUUUUAUAUUCCGCUUCUUAGACGAAGUCUGUAAACAUCGUUAAAUAUAUUGCGGUUUAAUAAUUGCACGAUAUACUCUGCUGUAAUAAUUACGAUUAACGUAUCGUAGCACGAUAUCUUUUCGUAGCAUUGUAAUUGAACGAAAUGCUCUCCCGAUCGCUAUAUGUAAAUUGUAUUUUAACGACACGUAGAACAUAAGUAGUUGAGAGUUUCCAAUAAGUCACAUCGGAGAUCAGUCGUAUGCUCAAUUACUCGUAAUGAAAUUAACAAAAUUCAGACGGAAAGACUGAUACUUUGGGGCCAUCUUAAUCGAAAUUAUAAACCGUUAAACAAAGUACAUAGAUCGAGGAUGUGGUAGUAGACAUCGGCUAUACAGGGUGAGGUGUAUAAGCACUUUAUUGCGGAGAACGUGUUCCUUUUCUUUCUUUCUGUCAACUCCCGCUGAUUUCCGGAUACUUAAGAGAAUAUUGUUUUUAUGUAUUUUUCUCCUGCGUAUUAACUUUCAACUUUCGGAUGAAA